GAGCACAGGGAGAGGAGCAACAGCAGCACCACCACCAUGAUCAACACCAUCACCAUGGAGAUGUAGAGCAUCAUACCGACCACCAUGAGGAUGAACACCAUCAUCACAAGCAACACCAUCAGCACGAUGAUGAUGACAAAGAUGGCCAUGCUACUCACCAUCAUGAAGCAGAACAUCAUCAAGGAAGUCACCCUCCUCACCAUGAUGAUGAUGAUGAUGAUGAUGAUCACCAUCAUCACCAUCAUGAACUUCACUAUGGGGAUCACCAUCACUAUCCCACUGUCCAUCAUGAUGAUGACGAUGAUGAUGAUGACGAUGACAAGGACCACCAUGAACAUCAUGCCAGCCAUCACCACCAUCAUGAUGAUGAUGAUGACGAUGACAGCGAUGAAGAAAGUAAACACCACCAUGACCAUCAUGAACACCCCGGUCACCACCAUCACCAUGAUCAUGACGACGACAGACACCACCAUCCGGAACACCAUGGUGAUCAUCAUCACCACCCCCACCCUCACCACCACGAAGAUGAUGAUGAUGACGACGACGAACACCAGCAUCAUAAGUAUCAUGACCACCACCAUGAACAUAAAGAUGAUGAUGAUGACGACGACGACAAGGAACAUCACGCUCAUGAACAUCAUGGUAACCACCAUCACCACCAUGAACACCACCAUCAUAAUCCUCAUGGUGACCACAACGAUGAUGAUGAUGAUGAUGACGACGACGAUGAUAAAGAACAUCAUGCUCAUAAACAUCACAGUGACCACCAUCACCACCACCACCACGAUGAUGAUGAUGAUGAUGACGAUGACGAUGAUAAAGAACAUCAUAGUCAUAAACAUCACAGUGACCACCAUCACCAUCAUGAUGAUGAUGAUGACGACGACGAUGAUGAUGAUGAUGAUGAACAUGAGCAUCAUCACCACCCUCAUGGACAUCAUGGUAACCACCAUCACCACCACAAUCAUGAUGAUGAUGAUGACGAUGAUGAUGAUGACGACGAAGACGAUGACAAAGAUGAACAUCAUCACCACCCUCAUAAACAUCAUGGUAACCACCAUCACCACCACAGUCAUGAUGAUGAUGAUGAUGACGAUGAUGACGACGAUGACGAAGAUGAACAUCAUCACCACCCUCAUAAACAUCAUGGUAACCACCAUCACCACCACAGUCAUGAUGACAAUGAUGAUGACGAUGAUGACGACGAUGACGAAGAUGAACAUCAUCACCACCCUCAUAAACAUCAUGGUAACCACCAUCACCACCAUGAACACCACCAUCAUAAUCCUCAUGGUGACCACAACGAUGAUGAUGAUGAUGAUGACGACGACGAUGAUAAAGAACAUCAUGCUCAUAAACAUCACAGUGACCACCAUCACCACGAUGAUGAUGAUGAUGACGAUGAUAAAGAACAUCAUAGUCAUAAACAUCACAGUGACCACCAUCACCAUCAUGAUGAUGAUGAUGACGACGACGAUGAUGAUGAUGAUGAUGAACAUGAGCAUCAUCACCACCCUCAUGGACAUCAUGGUAACCACCAUCACCACCACAGUCAUGAUGACAAUGAUGAUGACGAUGAUGACGAUGACGACGAUGAUGACGAUGAUGACAAGCACCACCAUCAUAAACAUCACAGUCAACACCAUCAUAAAAAAAAGGAUGAUGACGACGACGAUGACGACGACGACGAUGACGACGAUGAUGAAAAAGCCCAUGGACACCAUCACCAUGGUGGACAUCAUCACAAAAAAAACAAUAAUAAGGAUAAAAAACACCACCAUCAUCGCCGUGCUGAUAAGGAAGAUGAUGAUGACGAGGAGGAGGAGGAAAGGCAUAAGGAAAAGCAUCGCAAACAUGAAGGCCGUGAGAAAGUCAAGAAGCACCGCAAAGGCAAAGAAGAAGACGAUGAUGAUGAAGAUGAUGAGGAGUAUGAAGAGGGCUCUCUUUGCCACUAUUGCAAAUUCUGCAAGCAUUGCGAUGAAUGUGAUAAGUGUCCCUGUAAAGAAGGAGACCGCAGAGAAUUUUGUGGAAGCUGCCAGUACUGCCAUUACUGUUACGUUUGUCCCGUGUGUGAGACGGCCUGUACACCUGGGAGUAUUGUAGAUGAGUUAUCAGGAGCCUUAUUUCAGACAUUUGCCACUAUCUUUGAGCGGCAAGAGCAUUGAAGCGCCCCCGGUGAAGAGGCCAUAAAGGGUGGGUGGGAGCAGGUGACAACCUUUAGGGCCAAACUACACAUGGUGAACCAUUUUGUAAUUCUCCCUCCACAAUAUUUUCCCCCUUUCCUGCCAUUUUGUCUGCUCAAGAUGUCUCCUCACCUCUGCUUUUCUUCCUAUGGGGGGAAAAGAGACGGGGUUCCCUGUGCAGUAGCUUUUCUCACCUGUUGUCCAUUAAAAAUUGCCCUUCUCACAUUGCUUCCUAUCUGUGGAGAAAACAUGAAGGGUUCCCUAGUGGGGUUCCCAUAUUUCCCUCAGGAAGGGUGAUUCUUAGUGCACAAAGAGCAGGAGGAACUAAGGGUUAAGGAGUUCUUCCUCAGCGAAUCCUCCUCUGAUGAUUUCAGCCUCCUCCACCUAUUUGUCAUGAAAAAUAACCCAGAAAACCUCCUCUGAAAGACAAAAAUCACAAAAGUACUGAUCAUAUGAAGUUUGGCUCUCAAGGGUUAGCUAGGGGUGAGGAAGGGAGGUUCAUGUUUGUGAGCUUCUGGGUAGCACUUUUGUGUUCUAACUUGACCCAGUCAGUUGUUUAGAGCUUGGUCAUUAGAGCUUCUGAGCAACAGGCCUUCUAUCACAUGUAGUUAGCUGAAGAGACUGUGGGAUAAUUUGAACGUUUAUGAGGAAGCAGAGACUUCUGUAACACGGCCAAUAUCCCCCUGAGCUGCAAGUUACAGAUUUUAAACCAUCAGCAGGACAUUGAAAACUGCUUUAUUGUGGGAAGGAGGAGGAGGAGAUUGGAUUUAUACCCCGCCCUUCACUACCCAAAGGUGUCUCAGAG